UUAUCGCUUAACUUAAAAACAAACUUCCCUGCAAAAAGCUUGACAAGCCCACUUCUCCAGUAUUCCUUGGAAGAAGAAGCACAAGAAACCAUACGGAGCUGAACAUAAGAAUGCCAUUCAUAUCACAAUUUCAGAGACAAUCAGAUUACAAUCUCUUCCCUUCUUCUACUCCAAUUGUCAUCGACAAUGGCGCUUCCUAUUUCCGCAUCGGAUGGGCUGGAGAGACUGAUCCUCGUGUUAUUUUUCGCAACAUUAUUCAACGUCCUCGCCAUAAGACCACUGGUGAAACUGUGACUAUUGUUGGUGAUCAUGAUCCUGCAUUAUUGAGAUACUUUGACUGUACUCGCUCUGGACCUCGCUCGGCGUUUGAUAGUAAUGUUGUUUAUCAAUUUGAGAUUAUGGAAUAUAUUCUUGAUUUUGGAUUUGAUCGGCUUGGAGCAAAUGGAUCACAGAUUGAGCAUCCUGUUCUGAUCACAGAAUGUGUAUGCAACCCAGUUCAGUCACGCAGUAAAAUGGCAGAGCUCCUUUUUGAAACUUAUGGAGUUCCAUCAGUAGCAUUUGGUGUUGAUGCUGCUUUCAGCUAUAAGUACAAUCAACAGCGUGGGAUUUGUGAUAAAGAUGGGCUUGCUAUUUGCCCAGGAUUUACAACCACCCAUGUAAUUCCGUUUAUUGAUGGAGAGCCAGUUUAUAAAGGAUGCUGCCGUACUAACAUCGGUGGAUUUCAUGUCACUGAUUAUCUGAAGCAACUUCUUUCACUUAAAUAUCCUCAUCACAUGGCUAGAUUUACAUGGGAAAAGGUCGAAGACCUGAAGAUGGAGCAUUGUUAUAUUGCACCGGAUUAUGCUUCAGAAGCUCGAUUAUUUCAGAAAGGGACCAAGGAAGCUGAAGAUAAAACCAAGUGUUGGCAGCUCCCAUGGGUUCCCCCACCAGUGGAGGAACCUCCAUCAGAAGAAGAGCUUGCCAGAAAGGCAGCUGCAAAGGAGAGACAAGGUCAACGGUUGCGAGAGAUGGCUGUGCUAAAGAAGUCAACUAGGAUAAAUGAUCUAGAAAAUCAGUUGCGUGAUUUGAAGUUUCUUCUCCAGCAGCUUGAACAGGUGGAAGAGGAUGAAAUUCCAUCUUUUCUUAGAGAUACUGGCUAUGUGUCCAAGCAGGAAAUAGAAUCCUUAAUCGUGCAAAAAACACAGUCUUUGCGUAAAGCAAAAGGAGAGCCAAAGGCUGAACAAGCUGAACUUGAAGAGAAAAGCGAUUCGUCCACAAAUGAAAGAUAUCCCCUUCUUGAAAUUCCUGAUGAUGAGUUGACCUCAGAGCAGCUGAAGGAAAAGAAGAAGCAGUUGUUUCUUAGAACCACAGCUCUUGGCCGGCAGCAAGCUAAGCAGAAACGUCGUGAAGAAGAAUUAGAACGAGAAAGAAAGAAUCAACUGGACGAAGAAAAGCGCUUAGAGAAUCCAGAACUUUAUUUAGAGGAGACGCGUGCUAAAUAUAAGGAACUUUCUGAGAAAGUUGAGCAGAGAAAACGACUCAAAACAAAUGGGAACCACUCAAAUGGAAAUAACGUGUCUGGUGGUGUUGGACGUGGUGAGAGAUUGAAUGCUGCCCAAAGGGAAAGGAUGCGCCUCUUAACAACAGCAGCAUUUGAUCGAGGGAAGGGAGAGGAUACUUUUGGUGCCAAAGAUGAAGAUUGGCAACUUUACAAACUAAUGAGCAAAGAUAAUGAUGAUGAUGGUGAGGGGCCAGAUGAGGAUGAAGUGGAGCUUGCUCGCAUUUCUUCUAGGCUUCAGGAAAUAGACCCAACAUUUAUUCCUAAGCCAGAUGUAGGACCAUCCCAACCUGCUAAUGAGAUGCCAAAACCCCGUCCAUUGACCAAGGAGGAUUUCCAAGUUUUGCUUGGUGUAGAAAGGUUCAGAUGCCCUGAAAUCCUUUUUCAUCCCAACCUAGUUGGGAUUGAUCAGGCAGGGCUAGAUGAAAUGGCUGGUGUCUCAAUAAGGCGGUUGCCAUCCAAGGAAGAAGAUUUGGAGAAGAGAUUGACGAAUUCAAUCUUUAUUACUGGUGGGAGCUGCCUCUACCCUGGUAUGUCUGAGCGCUUGGAGUCUGGAAUCCGAAUGAUUCGUCCAAAUGGGUCACCUAUAAAGGUGGUUAGAGCAUUGGAUCCAGUUCUUGAUGCAUGGCGUGGUGCUGCUACCUAUGCUGCUGCAUUGCAGUUCCCUCAGCAGACAUUUAGCAGGAUGGAUUACUAUGAGAAGGGUGAAGAUUGGCUUCGAAGAUAUCAAUUUUGCUACACGCAAUGACUUUUAUCAUCACUCCAUUUUGAGGAUUCUCUUUGUUGAGAUAGCAGUAGUUAGUUCCCAAUCUGAACAAAUGGUUGGACUGGACUUUAAUUUGCCAUUUCUGCAAUUUCGAACGCUAAUACAUACAGGUAUAAUCAUCAUUAUAUCAGACACAAAUUACCAUGGGAGCAAAUUUAAGCUUCAAUGUAAUUAUCCAGGUACUAUUUGAUAUGAAUCAUUGCUCAUGUAACGGUUGCGCCAGCUUGGGUAGAAGAAAAAGAAGUUUUUGAUGUUCUAGGCUAUUGUUUGUCAUCCAUAAUUUUGCUUGUUGUUAGUGGCUGGAUUGUACGAGGGCUAAGAUCAAGUCAAGGAUUUUAUCAUGGCUGUAUCUAACUGUAUACUCUUGUAGCCAUUUUUAAGAUAAAAACCUCACAUGGGAAGAUGAUUCUAUAUACAGUACAUUGAAAUAGCUGUUUCUCAAA